AUGUGUGACGAGGAGGAAUGCGCGCUCGUGUGCGACAAUGGCUCCGGCAUGGUCAAGGCCGGCUUCGCCGGAGACGACGCCCCUCGUGCCGUCUUCCCCUCCAUCGUCGGCCGCCCCCGUCAUCAGGGUGUGAUGGUCGGCAUGGGUCAGAAGGACGCCUACGUCGGCGAUGAGGCCCAGAGCAAGAGAGGUAUCCUGACUCUCAAGUACCCCAUCGAGCACGGUAUCAUCACUAACUGGGACGACAUGGAGAAGAUUUGGCAUCAUACUUUUUACAACGAACUCCGUGUUGCUCCUGAGGAAUCUCCCGUCCUCCUCACUGAGGCUCCCCUCAACCCCAAGGCCAACCGUGAGAAGAUGACCCAGAUCAUGUUCGAGACCUUCAGCGCCCCCGCCAUGUACGUCGCCAUCCAGGCUGUUCUCUCCUUAUAUGCUUCUGGGCGUACCACUGGUAUCGUUUUGGACUCAGGAGAUGGUGUAUCCCACACUGUCCCCAUCUACGAAGGUUAUGCUCUUCCUCAUGCUAUCCUUCGUCUCGACUUGGCUGGUCGUGACAUUACCGCUUAUCUAAUGAAGAUCAUGACUGAACGCGGUUAUUCCUUCACCACCACUGCCGAACAUGAGAUCAUUCGUGAUAUCAAGGAAAAAUUAUGCUACGUUGCUCUAGAUUUCGAAAAUGAAAUGGCUCAAGCUGCAGUGUCCAGUUCCUUGGAUAAAUCCUAUGAGCUUCCCGAUGGCCAAGUCAUCACCAUCGGCAACGAGCGCUUCCGUGCUCCAGAAGCCAUGUUCCAACCAUCUUUCCUUGGCAUGGAAUCCGCAGGUGUCCAUGAAACAGUGUAUCAUACCAUCAUGAAAUGUGACGUCGAUAUCAGGAAGGAUCUCUUCGCAAACACAGUCAUGUCUGGCGGCACCACCAUGUAUCCAGGUAUAGCUGAUCGCAUGCAGAAGGAAAUCACAAACUUGGCUCCCUCGACAAUCAAAAUCAAGAUCAUUGCUCCUCCUGAGCGCAAAUAUUCCGUGUGGAUCGGCGGCUCCAUCUUAGCUUCUCUGUCCACCUUCCAAGCCAUGUGGAUCACCAAGGACGAGUACGAAGAGUCUGGCCCUGGAAUCGUUCACAGAAAGUGCUUUUAA